UGAGUGAGUGAGUGAGGGGCCGCCGAGGUGCCUCCCGCACAACACACACACACACACACACACACACACACACACACACACAUACGCGUGCCACGGAGUGCAUCAUCCAGACCUGACCUUUGCCAGCCAGCAUCUCGGUCCAGAGAUAGGGCGCUGCCCACUACAGAAGGCAGUGCCUGGCCCCCGCUGCCAGGGCGAGACGGAGUCCAUACCUGGUGAAGCCACUGAGCAGGGCAAGGCUGGGCCCUGCCCAAAAGGACGGCAGAGUCCUUCACCGGCCCCUGUGUCACAGAGCCCACCAGGCUCUCGCGCUGGCGCCACCAUGACGUCAGAGCCCACAUCACCUCCAGUGGUGCCACCUCUCCACUCCCCCAAGUCCCCUGUCUGGCCCACUUUCCCCUUCCACAGGGAGGGCAGUAGGAUCUGGGAACGUGGUGGUGGUAUCUCGCCUCGGGACCUGCCCAGCCCUCUGCCUACCAAAAGGACCAGGACAUACUCAGCGACAGCUAGAGCUUCGGCUGGCCCCGUGUUCAAGGGUGUCUGUAAGCAGUUCUCACGCUCACAAGGCCAUGGCUUCAUCACCCCUGAGAAUGGCUCUGAGGACAUCUUCGUGCAUGUUUCUGACAUCGAGGGGGAGUAUGUCCCCGUGGAAGGCGAUGAGGUGACCUACAAGAUGUGUCCCAUCCCACCCAAGAACCAGAAGUUUCAGGCCGUAGAGGUGGUGCUCACCCAGUUGGCCCCCCAUACUCCACAUGAGACAUGGUCUGGCCAGGUUGUGGGAUCCUAGACAGGUGGGGGAGGGGGGGUGUCCCCACGAAGAGGCAGGCAGCGGCCAGCUCUGUGCUCCCACUGCGCUGACCAGCCCUUGGGUGUGCGCGUUUGUCUGUCUGUGCUUGUGGCCGUGAAUGUGUGCUUCUGCCCACCUGUGACCCAUGACUUGCGUGAUCUGGCUAGGGUUGGAUGGAGUGCAGCAGCCCUGCCUUGGCCAGUCUCUCCUUCUCCAGCCCUGCCACGGAAACACAAGACCUUCUCGCCCUCUUGCCCACCUAUCUAUAUACUAAGUCUCUGUGGGCCUGUGUUGUGUUCUUGAGAAGCCCAGGGAGACCCUUCUCCUGUGAGCCUGUUCCUCACUGCUGCCCUCAGAUUCACUCAGUCCAGAACUUAGCCCUGUCUGCUUGUGCUCCUGUCUCCUGUGCUAGACCUGGGUGUCUGCUAUGGUCUUCUUUAUCUCAGAAGCCAGGUCUUCUGAGUGCUUUGUAGGGGCCUCAAACUUUAGGGAGGAAGUGAGCAAACAUGGAGGUUCAUGGCCAGCCCCUGCCAUAACCUGGCUCAUCUUUCUGACCCCAUCCUUUCGGUGCCCUGGAGAGAACAGAGAACGUAGGUGCUCCUGUUGUGUAGACCGGUCCUCUCUCCUCAGCCGGCAGAGGCUCUUUUGAACCCCAGGGACCUGGGUUCCUUCCUGAGCGGGGGGAGCCAAGCUCAUUCCCUCCCCACAGUGAGUUGGGGACAUGGUUUCCUCCAGCUUGGACAGAACCAUCUCUUCCAUCAUGAUGCACAAACUGUGGAUGCCCUGCCCAGUGUUGGCCAUGACAGCGGCUGAGGAUGCAGCGAUGAACUGACAUGUCACCUCGGGCAAGGCCAGGUCCAGGCACUCAAAAGAAUGGUCCUCAGCCAGGGAGAUCACUGGCCUUGCCCCUCCCCCGCCAAAAUUAGACCCUUUCCCCAAAGCAUUAAAAUGGCUCCUAUAGAUCCCUGACAGGUCAGUAGCUGAGGUGGCUCUUAUCUCGUUCAUCCCUCAAGUGUGACUGUCCCUCUUACCUGGAGUCCCUUUGGGGCUAAGAUGUAUCCCUUCUAGAAAGCCCAUUACCUAACAGGAUAAGUGGGAUCACAGACUCAAGAAGGGCCUGCCGCCAACAGUGACCCUUAUGAGACCCAAUCUGCAAAUAAAAUGUGGGCCCAGAUGCCCAGGAUGAAGGGGUGAUUGUCUAGGUGGCCUUGUAGGUGUUCCAGAACCACAGGGUAGAAUCAUUUGGGGUGUUUGUAUCCCACUUUGUCCUAGAACCCUUUGCACAGAGGCCAGCAGCCUAAAACUGCUAAAAAGUGUUGGCUAGUCCCUCACACUGAAAGACUUACCCAUCUGACACCCCACUGUGAACUAGGCUUCUCCAGCAAGGCCUGUCCUUGAAGAACUGUCCUAUACGCUUGAGGACCUGAGAUCAAGUCCCCAGUAUGCCUAUCACUCAGCACUGGGUGACAGACAGGCAGAUCCUUGACAGGGAACUUGUUGGUACAGGUGGACCCCAGGGCCACCCAGGCCUCCCUCCUGUGAGCAGGCCCUCUUCAGGCAUCAUUUUGAAGCUGCCUGAGUAGCAGGGGGCAUCAGGCCUCCUCCUCUCUCCUCUCAGGCCCUGCAGUAUCGAGUCCCCAGCCACGGAUUACCCAUCCCCUCCUAACACUGGCAAUAAACUCAACUGUGACCCA